AUCUCGCAGCUUUCAUACGGAUCCCUCGGGGUGACAUCGACCUUCCCUGGAGACCGUCUCCGCCAAACAAUGCCAAUCCCCGGAGGUGUGCCCACGUGACCGGCGCCGGGUGCCCCCCCCCCUUCUCAGCACGCAGUGGUACGGUCGCGCUUUGCAGUAACCUCCACUGUCCGGGGAUCGCAGAGAGAAGAGCGAUCAGAGCGGAGACCGACCGGGGGGACGGGUUCACCUGAGUAAUCUUGUGAUGCCAUUUGGGAAAUCUCCAGAGAUGAUAUGACGAGCGGUUCAUGUGAGCUGGGUACGGAUGUCCACUGUGUCCCUCUGACUCUACAUUGCCGCUUCCCUGGUCAUCAUGCCAUCCUUGCCUAAUGAGUCUGAUCGCCAUGCGUCAUCCAGCUUGUCCUUAGGUUCAGCUUUGCCUUAUCAGUCCAAUGGCUCCAACAGGAGAAAGAUCAGAAAGAAGAGGAAAAAUGGAAUCAUCACAGCAAACGUUUCUGGAACUAAAUAUGAGAUCGUCCGUCAGAUAACUGAAGAGAUGCAUUUUGUGAAAAGUCGGGAUGAUGACGAAACGGCGUAUCUCAUCUGGAGUGAUUGUGCCGUACAACAUGAGAAGAUUGCAGAGCUCAGGAAUUAUCAGAGGAUUAACCAUUUCCCAGGGAUGGGAGAGAUCUGCCGGAAGGACUGCCUUUCAAGAAACAUGACCAAAAUGAUCAAGUGUCAGCCUCAUGAAUACAGCUUUAUUCCACGCACCUGGAUAUUCCCAGCUGAAUACACUCAGUACCAAAACUAUGUGAAAGAAUUAAAGAAGAAGCGGAAACAGAAAACCUUUAUUAUCAAACCUGCCAAUGGGGCAAUGGGUCACGGCAUUUCUCUGAUACGAAAUGGAGAGAAGCUCCAGGCGCAAGAUCAUCUGAUUGUUCAAGAAUAUCUCGACAAACCGUUCUUGCUGGAAGGAUACAAGUUUGACUUGCGGAUUUACAUCCUGGUCACUUCCUGCGAUCCGCUAAGGAUAUUUCUAUACAAUGAUGGUCUGGUCAGGAUGGGGACAGAGAAGUAUCAUCAGCCAUCUGAGUCCAAUCUGAACCAGUUGUACAUGCACCUGACCAACUACUCUGUGAACAAACACAAUGAGAACUUCGAGCGGGACGAGACGGAGGACCGAGGUAGCAAGCGAUCCAUCCGGUGGUUUACCGAAUUCCUACGUGCCAAUGACCAUGAUGUGGCCAAAUUUUGGAAUGACAUUUCUGAACUGGUGGUGAAGACGAUAAUAGUAGGGGAACCUCAUGUGCUCCAUGCUUACCGCAUGUGUCGGCCUGGCCAACAACCGGGCAGCAACAGUGUCUGUUUUGAAGUUUUGGGCUUUGACAUUAUUUUGGACAGAAAGCUGAAGCCCUGGCUGCUUGAGAUCAAUCGUGCUCCAAGCUUUGGAACCGAUCAGAAGAUUGACUAUGAUGUGAAGAAAGGAGUUUUGCUAAAUGCGUUAAAACUUUUGAACAUAAGAGCGAGCGAUAAAAAGAAAAAUUUGGCCAAACAGAAGGCAGAGGCUCAAAAAAGACUCUAUGGUCAGGGAUCCAUGAAACGGCUGUCGCCGGGGUCGUCUGAUUGGGAAAAACAGCGCCACACGCUGGAGAGGAGGAAGGAGGAACUGAAAGAACGACUUGUUCAGGUCCGUAAACAGAUAUCCAAGGAAGAGUAUGAAAACAGACACCUGGGGAACUACAGGCGUAUCUACCCACCGGAGGAUAAACUGCUGUUAGAAAAGUACGAGGGUCUUCUGAGCACAGCCUUCCAGACGUUCCUUGCUGGCAGGGCCGCCUCGCUGCAGCGUGAGAUGAAUAAUCCGCUGAAAAGGAUGAAGGAGGAAGACAUUUUGGAUCUCCUUGAACAGUGUGAAAUAGAUGAUGAAAAGCUGUCUGGGAAAUCUACUCGGCACAAAGAGCCACGGACAUUGUCCUCCAUGCCAGAAUGCACCCCGACCUCAAAAAAGAAAAACUACAGCAGCAACAGCAGCAGCUCCGGCUCAGGCAGCAGCACAGACAGCGAGGAAGAACCACUGGUGAAGGAGAAGAAGGUUUCCUAUGAGCUGGAGGAACAGAAAUAUAAAUCCCUGGAAAGGUCCAGUAGAAUACAUUGCAAACCUCCCAUCAAAACUCGACCCUUUAUUUAUUCUUCUCCGUCAUCAUCUAAUCCUAUUCGUCGCUCUGUCAGCUGUCCCCGUUCCAUUACUGCACUCAAUGCACAAUCGCCACAUGUAGAGCAAAGACCCCUUUCAUCAAAAGUCUCCGCACAGGUUUCAAGACCCUCUUCUGGAAACCGGACCAACUCUCUUAAUCGCAGUUCAUCAUCACAUAGAGUUCCGCACACCGGUACUUGUGCCAGUAUGUACCCAACACUGAAUGAGACCGGGUUGCAUCACUUAACAAAAGACCAGGAGGAGGAAUUAACUCGACAGACCCUACUUGUUCUCAGAGACAUGAGAAUCAGGUUCCCAGGGAAGAUGGAUGAGGAUGAAACUUGCUCUAUUAUAGAUGAAAUAAUGGAAAAUUGGCGAUAUCACAAGCCCAAAGUGGCUUCUUACUGGCUGAUAAAACUUGACUCUGUGAAGCAGAAAAAGAUAUUAGAUAUAGUGAGAACAAACGUCCGCUCGGUCCUUCAGCGAAUUUGGAAGGUGUCUGAUGUAGAGUGUUUACACUUGUACCGAAGUUUUAACCGAGUGUUUAACCGUCUCCUUUGGAGUCAUGGGCAAGGGCUAUGGAGCUGUUUCUGCGAUUCUAGUACGUCGUGGGAGACGAUAUUCAGCAAGAGCACCGAGGUUGUGACACCUGACCAGCUCCAGUGCUGCCAUCGAUUAGUCCAGCUCUGCAAGGACUGCUUGCUCGUGGUUUACAAAUAUGCAACAGAUUCCCGGAACUCGUUGGCGGGUGUGAGUCCAGACUGGAGCGACACAAGGUAUUUACUGCCGGUGGUCCCACAAUUCAGCAUUAAAAUGUCAUCUUCCAGCACUGGUUUGUCUGGAUUGCCUCGUUCCAACUAUGUGUUUACCUCAAGACUUCAUCAUUAAUGAGGGAAUAGAAUGUUUUUUUUUUUCCUUUUGGGCCUUGUAAAUAAUAGCAUUUUAAUUUCCUGUCUACUUUCUGAUGGUGCUAAGCACAGCUGUCCUACUGCACCGAUACAGAUCCACUGAUACUGUAGAUGUUUGAACUAUGCUAAUUUGUUUACAGGAUCCCAGAAUGUCUAGAUUCAGGCAAAGCCUCUUUGUUUUGUUAAUUUUCGGCACAGUAUACAAUGUAUAAUUAAUAGAAUACUAACUUAUUUUGCUUGCAUAAGGAAUGAUGUGAUAUUUAUUAAUAUGUAUGCUAAAGUGUGCCACAUCAUCUAUACACAUUGAAGAUGGAUAUUUUAUGUUCUCAGGCACACAAGGGCAACCAUUUUGUGUCAUAGAACACAUACAGCCAUUUUGUGCAAAAAGGAAUGCUUGAAGGCAGCCAUUUUGUGUGAUGGAACACACAAAGGCAGCAAUUUUGUACAAGGGAAUGCUUGAAGGCAGCCAUUAUGUGUGAUGAAACACACUAACACAGCCAUUUUGUACAAGGGAAUGCUUGAAGGCAGCCAUUUUGUGUGAUGGAACACACAAAGCCAGCCAUUUUGUACAAGGGAAUGCUUGAAGACAGCCAUGUUGUGUGAUAGAACACAUAAGGGCAACACGUGUGCCGAGAAGGGAAGCCAUUUUUUUUUGCUCAGUGACUGAAGUUUAUCAUUUCACUUUGUCUUGACGCUAGAAUAUGGUAUAUUGAUAGGCUUUGUUUUCUUGGCUUCCCUACAAAAUAUCCAUCUCCACUGUUUUUGAUGGCUACUUUAGCAAGCUGAAAUGCACAAAAAAUUAGAUAAGUAGAAAAACAAUAGGAACUUAAUAAUGAAAAUGCAGCAGUGUUUGGAAAAAAAAACAUAUUAUCAGCCAAAAUCUUGACAAAACGUAAUCCAUUAUUUGAACAUAUUGCAUUUAUUUAAGAAUGAAGAUGGUGGAGGGAUGCUGUUUCGUGUUUGCUUGUGAAUGACCUCCGACCUUGCUGGCUCCAUAACAUCUACUUCAAAACAUACCAAAAUAACAAACAGACACAUUUUCGGUUCUGUUCUUAUUUUACCUAAUUUCCUACCCAAUAUCAUCCUUUUUUAUUAUUGUUUUACCUCACAAACAUUGUUAUUGAUUGAUUGUCAGCAUUUCCAGUUGUGUCUUUAUUAUUUCAAAUGUUGCCAUUUUAUUCUUUCAGUGUAUAGCCUUGUGUCUGCCAAAAAUUGCCCUAGCUGUCACAAACUGUUACGUUUAUUUUUUAUAAAUGAAAAAUGUUGAACGUUUUAACAAAA